UCUUUCAUUUGUUAUUCGACCCAAGAAAAAAAAAACAUAUCCCUUUCCUCAAGAAAUCUUUACCAUAAGCCAAACUUUAAGACCAAUCUCGUCUUCGGUGAAUAUUUAUUUUUUCAAUCCUAGGGUUAGGGCUCUUGAUCGGAGGAUCUAAAAAAAAAUCAGAAUGGGUGGAGAAGGAGAUUCGAGUAAGCCGCUGACUGCUUCUGCUGCUGUUGAUGGUGGUGGCGAAGGAGCUCUGGUGGCCGUCAACGUCAGAUGCUCGAACGGAUCCAAAUUCAGUGUGAGCACGAGUCUCGAUUCAACCGUGGAAGCCUUCAAACACCUGGUGGCGCAGAACAGCGACGUCCCCGCGAAUCAGCAGCGAUUGAUUUACAAAGGUCGCAUCCUCAAGGACGAUCACACGCUUCUCAGCUAUGGUUUGCAGGCUGAUCACACGGUUCAUAUGGUUCGUGGCUUUGCACCAUCUUCAGCACCACCACCUCCUUCUGCUCCUGUUGCAAAUGCACCUCAAGAUAAUAACACCUCAAAUCUUGGAGAAUCUUUGUUCCCUGGGCUUGGUUUUAAUCCAUUGGGUGGUGGUGGGAACGCCAUGUCCGGGUUGUUUGGAGCGGGUGGUCCGGAUCUCGAGCAGGCUCAGCAACAGCUAGCUCAAAACCCUAACAUGAUUAGAGACAUGAUGAACACACCAGCCAUCCAGAAUCUCAUGAACAACCCUGAGUUUAUGCGGAGUAUUAUCAUGAGCAACCCUCAGAUGCGUGACCUCGUUGAUCGCAACCCUGAGCUUGGCCACGUGCUUAAUGAUCCCAGCAUCCUUAGGCAGACUCUGGAAGCUGCGAGGAACCCGGAGCUGAUGCGGGAGAUGAUGCGGAAUACUGAUAGGGCCAUGAGUAAUAUUGAGUCUAUGCCUGAGGGGUUUAACCAUCUUAGGCGUAUGUAUGAGAAUGUUCAGGAGCCGCUCAUGAAUGCUACUACUAUGUCUGGGAACGCUGGGAACAAUGCGGCUUCUAAUCCUUUUGCUGCUCUCCUUGGAAACCAGGGGGUUACUGCCACACAAGGUAGCGAUGCUUCUAAUAAUUCUUCGACGCCUAAUGCUGAAACGGGGACAGGAAAUGGUAUUCCGAAUGCGAACCCACUUCCUAACCCUUGGGGUGCUACUGCUGGCCAGACAAAUGCCCCAGGAAGGACAAAUUCUGGUGGGGAUGCGAGAAGCCCUGGACUUGGUGGUCUUGGUGGCCUCGGUGGUCUUGGGGGCCUCGGUGGACUGGGUAUGCUUGGAGCGGAUUCACCUCUUGGUGCCACUCCAGAUGCUUCUCAGUUGAGCCAGAUAUUGCAAAAUCCAGCCAUGUCCCAGAUGAUGCAAAGCAUGCUUUCCAAUCCACAAUACGUAAACCAGCUUAUCAAUCUCAACCCACAACUCCGAAGUAUGCUUGAUUCGAAUCCUCAAUUGAGGGAAAUGAUGCAGAACCCAGAUCUCCUUCGUCAAUUUAGCUCCCCGGAGAUGAUGCAGCAAAUGAUGAGUCUACAACAAUUACUUUCCUCCCAGAAUAGGAAUACGACCAGCCAGGAACCAGGGCAAACUGGUGCUGCUGCCGCAGGCAAUAACGGAGGGAUGGAUUUAUUGAUGAAUCUGUUUGGCAGUCUUGGAGCUGGUGGCCUGAGUGGCACAAACCAACCCAAUGUUCCUCCUGAGGAACGCUUUGCGACUCAGUUGCAACAGCUACAAGAGAUGGGAUUCUAUGACAGAGCGGAGAACAUAAGGGCUUUGCUUGCAACCAAUGGAAACGUUAACGCUGCUGUGGAACGACUGUUGGGAAGUAUUGGCUAGUAGCAGCAGCAGGAUCUCUGAAACUUGUGGAUAGAAAAGCCGCAUCGAUACGGUAUUGGUGGUCAUCUUCUUUCUCUAUAUCCAUCAUCUCCCCCAAAACCUUUUUUUAUAUAUAUUUGGGUCUUGGUCGUUUUAUCUUUCAGAUUUUUAUUUGAAUUGUUGCAACGAAUACCUCUGUAAGAGCUGGUUUGGGAGCUUGGAAUGGCUACAUUUACGUUACCCUUUUGAUUUUCGUUGUGAUGUGUUCAUCUUUAACACA